AUGGAACCAGAAAAUGAGGUUAAGAAGGGUGAGAACAGUAAUAAUGAAAAUCAGGAUUGUGUCUGCUCUAAUAACCAAAUAGAGAGCACUAAAGAAGGGGAGAAAGGAAGAGAGUUAAACAACAAAAAUGAUCUUGAGGACCAGGAGGUUGGUUCUAUCAGUCAGGAGAAGGAAGAGGUAAGUCCCAAAGAAGUUGUGCAUGUUUCUUCAAUCUCAAAAUCAAUUGAGGAAAACUUCAAUGAAGCUCAAGAGUUUAACCCUUCUGAUAUUGAGCCCUUAUUGCUUCUAACCAAUGGAAGCCCAAAUCCUCUCCAAUAUAAAACCCCAUCACAUAGUGUGGUAAUGGAUAUCCUGGAAGAAAAUCUUAGGAUUCUUGGUACGCAAGAGGGUAAAUCGAAUAAGGAGGAACCCAAUGGAGGGAAAGCCAAGAGAAAACUGGAAGGUGGUGAUUCCAGCAUGGAGAAGGCGACCUCUAGCAAAAAAAGUAAAAGUGCCUCUAGAAUGGAAACCCAUGAAGAAAAGAAUGAUAUAGAGGAAAUUGGUAAAGACGGCAGUGAAAUGGAUACGGAUGAUUCUGAUGGUGAAGAUAGUUGGAAAGAUGAGGAGGUGGGUGUAGAGGAUGAAGGUGGUGAGAAUGAGUCUGAUAAUGACAGCCCAAUCCACAAUGCUAACACUAGCAAUUAUAACAGCAAACCUAUGGUGGAUAUGGAAGAUAAGGAUAAUGAGGAUAAAGAUGUGAAUUAUGAGAGGGAGGAGAGCAAGGAACCUGAGCAGGAUAUUACUAAGGACAGGUUAAGUGAGGAUAAGGAAAUUCAAGGAAAAGCAAUGGAUGAUGGGGAUGGGAGACCGGAUGGGGACCCACAGCAAUGGGACCCUCCUCCUGACCGCAAAAAAGAUUCCCCAAAAUCGGGUCCCGAGGCUGUGAAAGUUGACACAGAAAAGAUUAAGGAGGUGAAAGCCCUCAAACCCUAG